AACUCUGUACAAAAAAGAGAAAAAAAUUGAAUCCAAGUUGUAGAGGAGAAAUUUCUCUUUACAUAGCUAAAGGAAGCCAUGAAUUAUCUUAUUUGAAUAGGCUUAAGUACUUUAACUGUACUAAACUUGAUACUCUAUCUUAAUUUUGAACAUGUAAAGAUUACUGUUGUGGAACAGAUGUCACAUAUCCUUAAACUUUGUGUACAAUAAUAUUUUUCCCCCAACCUCUUCCUAUCUCUUCCCUUCUUCCUACCCCAACAUUUUUGUAGGCCAAAUGAAUCUUACAAGUCCUCAGAAUGUUCAAGUUGAUAUUAUAAACACAAAUUUCACUCUAAGAUGGACCUGGAAUAGUGAGAAUGACUUCAGUGUAACGUUUUCAGCUCAGUACCAACGACUAUUUGAGGAUUAUGAGGAGGCAGUAAUAGAAGAAACAGACUGGAAAGAGAUGUCUGGCUGUCAAAAUGUCACUGUCAUGGAAUGUGACUUUUCCUCUGCAAUGACAGAUUAUUUAUAUUCCUAUAAUGUGCGUGUAAGAGCUGAACAGGGGGAAGAAAAAUCUCCAUGGUCUACUACUUUAUUCUUUACACCCUAUUUAAAAGCUAAAAUUGGUCCUCCAGGAGUGCACCUGAAAUCUAUCAAUGGAGUGGUGGAAAUCAACAUUUCCUCUCCAGAGGAAAAUCUGAGCAGAAGAAUGUGGACAUCUGAUAUAAUUUUUACCUAUAAUGCUGUAUUUUGGGAAAACUCAUCAAAUGCAGAGCCAAAAAGCAGAACUCUUGAGCGCAGAAAUAAAAUAUAUGAUCUUGCACCAAGGACUACGUACUGUCUGAAGGUUCAAGCUCACAUAACUUCUGAAAGAAAAGUAGGUUCCUUCAGUCCAGUGUACUGCAUUAAAACUACAGAUAAAGCAUAUCCAAUAAAUCUGGAAAUUCAUGCUUUGAACAUGAAGUUUCUUCUAACCUGGGAUAAUUUAUAUGAUCAAAACGUCAGCUUUACAGUACAGCAACUCAUUGGAUAUUUAAUGAGUCUUCCUGAAGACUAUUCAAAUAACUGGACCACUGUAUCUGGAUGUGAAAACAUCACCAUUACACAGUGUGAUGUCUCAUCUGACAUAUACCAUCUUGGAACUUACUUUUUCCGUGUGAAGGCUAUGAGUGGAUAUAAUAAAUCACAUUGGUCUAAUGAAAUAAAAGUGGAUCCUUGUGUAGUAAAUGAAAUUGGCCCUCCAAACCUAACAGUGAGCUCUAGUGAGGAUUCACUUCGUAUCCAGCUCAUUCCUCCAGGAGAGUCUGAAAAUAAGUCCAUGAGUGAAUUUUAUGACUUAUCUUACCGAGUUCUAUAUUGGAAAAAUUCUUCAGAUGCGGAGGAGAAAAUAAAAGAAGAACAACAGUUAUUAUUCAUAAUCUCUGACUUGACACCCUUGACCUGGUACUGUUUGAAAGUGCAAGCUUUUUCACCAGUAUACAAAAAAAAUGGUCAUUUUAGUGAUGCGAUAUGUAUUAAAACACUUAACGGUAAAGAUUCACCUCUGUCUAUUUUUAUGGCCUUUGUAAUCGCCAUGUUUGCCUCUCUUAUUUUGGCAUCAUUUUGUAUUUUUAGUAUAUAUCAUAUAUCUAGACGGAUCAGAUAUACAUUCUUUCCAUCAUGCAAACCCCCAUCAAACAUAGAGUGCCUCAUAGGACAACCUUUCAGCAUUCCAUAUCUGUCAACUUCAGAGGAGCCGACAGAAAACUGUUGCAUAAUUGAGAGUAUUGUCAUAGAAGAAACCAAUCAAACUGAUAUUAAAGAGUACAAACACUCUAAACAGAACAGUCGAGAUUCAGGAAAUUAUUCUAAUGAUGAUGAUACUUCUGGAGCUAAAGUGUUAGAAGAAAUGCUAGAACAGGAAGCAGCAUAACUAAAAACACUCAGACUUGAGACUCACUGCCUAACUGUGAUUUUGCUGUUCUCGUUACAUAUGAAAGUAUUUUCCUGACGAAGGCAGGCUGAUGUCAGACUCUUGGUCCUAACUUUCCCGUUUUGAUUUUCAGGAGUGCGAAUUAUUAAAUGUGAGGAGCAAAUAUUACUACUGCUCCUCUAGAAAACUGAUAUUCUUCUGGUAUACCAUUUUGGUUGGUGUUGAGUGCCAAUCUUGCUGUUUACCACAUGGAUACUGAUAACAUCAGCAAAAGUUCAGUGAUAUCUCCACAGAGAAGACAAUCUUUGCCUAUCUAUAUUGCUGAUAAUUGAUGCCAACAUAUGUAGGUAGCAGCCUCAAAAGAGAACUCCGCUAAACUUGCUUCAGCCUGUUCUUGGAACUACUGGUGCUAGUGGUGCACUGUAUGUGCUGCUGUCAAUUUUGUUAACUUCAGUCUUACAAUUAUCAACGUGACCUCCUUUCAGACAAUUCAGUUUGUUUAGCUAACAUGUAAAGAUGUAAAAGCAGAAAAAGGAUUUUUUUUUUCAGGUGAAUAUUAGCUGGAGGAAUUAGGGAAAAAUGGAUGCUUGCUGUAAAAAUAGGUUUGGGCAACCUUGUCUUGAUCAUUCUAGUCUAACAAGCAUUACAUCUGGAAUAAAAAAGUGGUGUUCAAAGUUAGAUUGCAUAAAAGCAAAAUUUCAGCCUAGUGAGAACAGAACAAAUUCUACUAUGCACUUUAAUACCAAAGCAAGUUAAGGAGUUUAUACUUGUGUCUGUUUAGUAACAAAACAAAAUAUCUAUAAGCUGUAACACUUUUAUCCAUAAUUGAGGUGUACUUAAAUGUGAAAUUCUUCCCUAGAUUUGAAAAUUAUUUUAUUUCCUACUUCAUUUUAAUUGAAUUCCAACUGAUCAGCAUAAACUAUGGGCAUACACGCAACCAACAAUAGGAAAUAGCUUUUGAAAACUGGGUAUUUUAAAUUGCCUGCCAUAGAGCCAAAUGAUCUCUAAAGCUAUACAUCUGAAUCCAACUGAUUCAAAUAAUGGGGUGCACCUAAACAUCUCUAGAUCUUGGUAUAGUUGAAUCAUCUUUGUUUUAAAUUAGAGGAUUUCAGACUGUGGUCCACAGACCACCAGUGGUCUGCAAGCUCCAUUCAGGUGGUCUGCGAAUAGUUCCUCUCUAAGGAGCAUACCUAAGCAGUGACACACACAAGAAUGAAGGUUGCUCACCUAAUUAGUGGCUCAUAGGCAAGACUGUAAUUGAGUCUCUGGACUCAUCUAACUUAAAAUUACACUUGUUAAUUUGUGCUUCUUCCUCCCCCCCCCCCCCCCCCCCCCACA